AUGGAAGAUGGAAACAGCGUCGUGCCGACGAUAGAGGCACUGGAGCGCGAAAACGCGUCUAAGAAAGACGAGAUCCAGCAGCUGAGGAUGGAGAUCGAGUCGCUGCGGUACGAGGCUGCGGAGCUGGAGUCGGAGAUAUGCGUCGUCGAAGAGGUUGGAUCGGAGGCGGUGGCACUGAGGAGUAUCCUCGAGGAGCGAGAGAGAACGCUCGUGUUUCUUGAGAGUGAGACGAAGACGCUGAAGCAGCUGAAUGCGGAGAGCGAGAUGAAGGUACGCGAUCUGGAGCGUAGGAUCGGCGUUCUGAAAGUGCGGGAGAGUGAGGAGCGGAGCAAGAGAGUUCGCGUGGAGGAGGAGAUGAGAGAAAAGGUCGGCGAGAAAGAGAGAGAGAUUGAAACGCUGAAGCAGAGAAUCGAGAUUUUGGAGGAAGCGAAAGGUGUAGAAAGGAGUGUGAACGGAGAGAUAGAGGAUGAAGAAGGGAAGAACGGAUCGGGAUUGUUGUGGCCGCUGGCGGCGGCGGCAGGUGGAGCCGUCGUUGCUGUAUUCUAUUUCUCUUUUCGAAAACGUAGGUGA